AUGCACAUUUUAAUGGAAAAAGUCACAUGUAAAGACGCUCUGCAUAACCGAAUCAAGCCACAGUAUGACCAGAAGGGCUGCUUAACAUGCAGGGAGGCUAGAUCCAACCCAACAGCCACUAUCAAAGAGCUAGAUCUUGCUUCCUACUUCAAGGACAAGACUGAUAAGAUCCAAAAUGAAACGGUAUGCUCUACCUCAGUCAGCAACCUGCUUAUUUCCCUACCUGAACCCUCUGUCACCUUCUCUUCAUUUGAUCCCACAAAUAGUGAAGAAGUAUCAACACUCUACUCACCCUGUUACUCUACUACCUCUCCUCUAGAUCCUAUACCCUCAAUAAUCAGUAAAGCUCUGUCUUCCAUGCUCAUACCAAGCUUCACUGAAAUCUGUACUGUGUGCUAUAGACCCAAGUAUUCAGGGGCCCUGCUGGCCAUGAACGUCAUAGCCAGAGCAGAAGAGAAAAACUGCAAACGAGUGAGACACUACAUUCGGGUACCCCAACAACAGCUCAUGAUUAAAAAGCAGACACAUAAUAUACAAUAUAAAAUUAAAACCACACAUAUAGGACUUUAUAAAGAAAUGCACAAGAAUAAUAUCUCAUACAUCUUUAUCCUGGGAUUUCCGAAUCUCCACAGCCUGAAUUGUCUACUUUUUUUGUUCCUGCUCAUAGUUUACUGUGUCACCAUAUGUGGUAAUGUUAUUAUAAUUUUUUUAGUUUCGAAGAGCAACAAUCUCCACUCCCCAAUGUAUUUCUUCAUCAGAAUAAUAUCUCUACUGGACAUCAUGAUGACAACAGACAUUCUCCCCAACUUACUUCACAUUGUCCUGCACAAUGGUGGCACUGUGUCUCUUGUUGCCUGUAUAUUACAGUUUUUUGUGUUUGGCAAAUCAGAAGUAUUUGAGUGUUUAAUUUUGACGGUGAUGUCUUAUGACCGGUAUGUGGCUAUCUGCAACCCACUAAGAUAUAGCUCUAUAAUCAACAGAAGAUUCUGUGAGAUUUCUGUCAUAGCAUCAUGGUCUUUGAGCUUCUUGUUGGUGUUAAUGAAUGCAGUAGCUACAUACAAAUUAGACUUCUGUGGACCUAAUGUUAUUGAUCAUUUCUUCUGUGAUUUUACUCCUAUUAUAGAGCUUUCAUGUUCUGAUACUGCAGUGCUUGAAAACCAGACCACUUUAAUUGUUAUUAUUGCACUUGUAUUUCCAUUCAUAAUAAUCUUUGUUUCUUAUGUGUAUAUCAUCACCACCAUCCUAAGCAUCCGCUCCAUCAGUGGGAGACAGAAAGCCUUCUCCACCUGCAGCUCCCACCUGACUGUUGUGUGUAUUUUUUUUGGAUCUCUUAUUACUGUGUAUAUUGUUCCAACAAGAGGACAAUUAAGAGCUGUCAGCAAGAUAUUAUCCCUGCUUUACACUGUGGUGACACCACUGCUUAAUCCAUUCAUAUACAGCCUGAGGAAUAAAGACUUAAAGAAAGCUUUUGAAAAAUGUAAAUGGAAUUUGAGUGAUUUUAUGAACAGUUUCAGACACAAAAGGGAAAAACGUUUGAGAAUAAACUAA